GUACCCCGUCCCCCCAAUGCCUUCAUGAUCUUCCGCUCCCACUACUGGCGCGACAACAAAGAUACUAUACCCGAACGUGACCACCGCGAGAUUAGCCGGACCUGUGGUGAACUCUGGAAAGCCUUGUCGUCUGAAGAGCAGCAAAUUUACCGAGACUUGGCCAACGACGCCAAGAAGGAUCACCGCGCGAAGUAUCCCAACUACAAAUUUACGCCGGUGUCGCGACAGAAAAAGACGAGGAAGAGA